UUUUCGUGGAGCAGUCGACAUCUUUAAACGAAAGCAGCGAUAUCGCGCAUCAUGUUUGGCACUUCAGCAAAAAAAAUAUUUACUUUUUGAGAAACGACGACUUUAGGAGCCAUUGGAUUGCGCUUGCUUUUGAAAUUUCUUUGUGUCUACUUUAACGGUAGAAAACAUCCUCAGAAGACGUGACGUGGCCUCGAUCACGUGGUUGAACUUGUGGACCGUUUCAUUGGAUGACUUUAGACUGAUUCGUGGUGGAAGAUAUUCAGACAAUGGGCAGUCAAUACCAACACUCGGUACCACUGGAGGUGAGGAGAGCAGAAGGAGAGAGAGUUCGUGCCAAACAUCCAGACAAGAUACCCAUAAUUGUGGAGAGGGCCCCAAGGUCACGAGCUCCUGAACUGGACAAGAAGAAAUACCUGGUGCCCUCAGAUCUAACAGUUGGCCAGUUGUGCUUCCUGAUCCGUCAGCGGGUGUCUUUGAGACCAGAGGAGGCGCUCUUCUUCUUUGUUAACAACUCCCUUCCUCCAUCCAGCUGUCCUCUGUCGGCUGUAUAUGAGGAACAUCAUGAAGAGGACCAGUUUCUCUACAUGACUUACAGUAAUGACAGCGUGUACGGUGCCUGAAGGAGGAAAAACCACGGGAGAGAGAGUGCACACAAGAGCAAAGAGGAAAAAGGGGUUCAGGAGCUAUGGAUGUUUACGAGGCUUCAAAACGCUAUUAUUAUCUUUAUUAAUGUGAUUACGCAG